GUGCUGUGGCUAAAGAAGAGCCAGGAGAACAAAAGUCUGGGCGCAGGCUGUUGCUGCCGGAGCCAGAGUCUGAGCCAGAGCUGCCAAGGCUCAAACACAGGAGAAAUACCUCACCUCAUCUUUAUCUCUCUGGUGUAACGGAAGUUUCAGAUGACCUGUGUGGCAGUGGGAACUACACAGCAGAGAUGAGUCUGAACCUGGGUGGAGGUGUAGAGCCUGGGGAUUCUGUGCCUGCCCUGGGGAACCUCCGAGUGGUUAUCAACCUGAAGACAAACAACAGUCGGGUAAACCUCGAGGUCACCUCAUGUUGCCUGUCCCCGACCACCCAGCCUGACCUCAGCAACUCUACCUGCUGCCUUUUCUCCAGGUUAGCAGCAGAGCCAGCGGGGAUCACACUGCUGCCCAGUGCCCUGUCAACCAGUGCCAGCUUCACCAUCAGUCUCUUCCAAAGGAUUAAUUACUCCGUAGUGUACCUACACUGUGAUCUCAGCGUCUGCCUGAAGAACCAAUCUGACUGUGAAAGGCAGUGCCUUCAGCAGCGGAGUGCAUUUUCCUUAGGGGGUCCAGAGGCUGUUGUUACCAAUCUCAGGAAUCGAAUAUCAUUUGGUCCCAUGUUGAAAGAAGUGAACAAUUCUACCUUCCCAGGGGAGAUAGACCCAUCAGAGCUGGACCUGGUUCUGGUCAUCGUCAGCCUGGUGGUUGGCUCCUCUCUUGUCACAGUGAUGCUGCUGCUGGUGUGGCUGGCCUACCGUCGCCGGGCAAUCUGGCUGCUCCACUCGGCGGCUCCACCACGGGCCUGCUGUGGCUGUCUGCGCCCAGGAGGCCCACAGCUAUGCAGUAGAGCUUAACACACUUCCAAUAGAGGUUGACUGCAGCAGUUGGCCUUUGUGGAUUUCACUGGUAGCAAUUGUGAAACUGGGAAAAGAGUCUUGGACAA